AUGACGGAGCGUGUGCCACGGGAGCCGGUGCGUACGUCGGAGGCGCCGCAGCCGCGUGGUAUUUUGAAGAAUGCCGGUCGGCGAGGCAGCGCGAGUCGUCAUCUGCAGUGGGACGAGCACAAUUUGCAGGAGAAUGAGGACGAGCGGGAGAGCCAGACGUUUAUGAAGAUUGACGAGCCGAAGACGCCGUUUGUGCACAGUGCGAGUGUGCCGCCGAUGGACGAGGAGGGCUUUGACUUGAAUGAUGCGGUGGCGUCGAAGGAGGCGACGCACGCGAACACGCUGGCGAAUGCGCGGGCGACGGAGCGUGCGGAGGAGCUGGUGCACAUGGUGCAGUCGUCGGACGUACCGGUCGACUUGGGCGUCGUCCGUGAGCGCUACGAGGCGGAGCAGGCGCACCAUGCGGCCUUUUCGGAGAAGCGGCACCAGCACUAUGGCAACGAGGCUGCGGCCCUCAAGAGGCGGCCGCCGCCGGAGGAGGAGGAGGAGGAGGAGGACGAAGCGUAG